AUGGCCAAUCGAAUACUAUUUUUUCGAGACACACUUAUAAUUUUACAAACUAAGAACACUUUUGAACUCUCUAAUUCUAUCAUAGAUUUUACUAACACCGUGAAAGCGAUAACGUGGAGCAAACGAUUACUUCGUUUUUCUGGAGUUUGGCCAUUGGAAAUUCGGGACUCGUUAUUUCUACCUUUUUUAUUUUACGGAUGUCUUUACAGUUUCUUAGGAAUUCUCGAUUUGAUCGAUUCCAUCAAAGAUAUCCGUUACGUAUUGACAAAUAUUAUGGAGAAUAUGCUGAUGUUAAUGACAUUGAUGAAAUUUGGAAUGUGCCGAAUGAAGUAUCGAUCUUUGUCAAAAUUUUUGACAGAAACGAAAAACGAUUACACCGUCGAUAAUUAUAAAACCAAAGAGGAGAGACUGAUUUUCAUGAAAUAUAACAAAUUUUCCUACAUAUUCGUCAUGACUGCGUUUCCAUUGAUGACCUUCAUAAUUCUUUUGUAUUAUUUUAGAACUGUUUUACCGAGUAUACUUAUGGUUAUGAAAAAUUCUUCAUUGGAAUAUAAAUUACCUUAUAAAAUAAAGCCGUUAUUGAAGCCGUACGAUACAAAAAGGUAUGCGUUUGGUUGUAUACACGAAUUUUUACGUAUAACAAUGGUCAUUUCCGGUUACAUCGGAACUGAUUGUUUAUUGGCUUCUACCGGUUUUCAUCUUACCGGUCAAUUGGCAAUAUUGAAGUGCAGAGUAAAGAAUGUUUUAAAUGAUAUCGAUGGCUCAAGGGAAGGAAUUCAUAAAAUGAUUCUUCGACAUCAUCGUUUGAUAAGAUUAGCGGAUAUAUUAGAAGAUAGUUUUAAUAUCGUUAUUGGUCAACAAUUGUUAGGUACAACGUUUCAGAUUUGUAUAUCGAGUUAUCAAACACUUUCUGUACGUAUACGUCACUUUACGGAAAUUUCUAGUUUAGCGGUAUUAGAAGGAGUCGGUAUAUUAACGUUCCUUAUAUACAUGUUCGUUUUGUCGAGCACAUUGUUCACUUAUUGUUACAUCGGUGAAUGUCUCAUCGAGGAAAGCACUAACUUGUGCGAGGCGCUUUAUCAUUGCGACUGGUACGAGCUGUCGACGAUCGAUGUGAAAUCGAUUUACAUUUGUAUGAUUCGUGCUAGGAAACCACUACGAUUGACUUGCGCGAAGUUUUGUGUUGUAUCCUUGCGCACAUUUACCGACAUAAUGAAGACAUCGAUGGCUUACCUAUCGGUACUACGAACGUUUAUGUAA